UACAUCGAAUUGACGGGAUUUUAUUUUGAAAGGGCAAAGCGGUGCUGACGUAGCAUCCGUCUGACGGGCUGCGGGACUGCGCGGUCCACAGCUCACGCGCGGUUCUGGAUGGACCUUCCUGCGCGGAUGACUUUCGGGCGACGCGGCUGACCCACCGAACCGAACCGAACCCGCGGCUCCGCCAUGGACGAGCACGCGUGCCCGGGAGUGCUCCUGAGCGGCGGUUCGGGCUCGGCUCCGCAUCCGGGCUCCGUGAGCGGCGGAGAGGCGGCCCGCGCGCGGUACAGCGUCCCGGGAAUCCUGCACUUCCUGCAGCACGAGUGGGCGCGCUUCGAGGUGGAGCGCGCGCACUGGGAUGUGGAGCGCGCCAAGCUGCAGGCGCAGAUCGCCUUCCUGCAGGGGGAGAGGCGGGGCCAGGAGAACCUGAAGAAGGACCUGGUGAGGAGGAUCAAGAUGCUGGAGUACGUCCUGAAGCAGGAGAGGGCCAAACAUCACAAGCUGAAGUUUGGGACGGAGCUGCUCCAGGGGGGAAUCCAACCUCCGAGCUACGACUCCGAUGAAGGAAACGACAGCGAAGCUUCCAGUCCUGCAAACAGCAGCCAUCAGCUGAGCUGGAGGGGGGGGCGGCAGCUGCUGCAACAGUACCUGCAGGAGGUGGGCUACAGCGACGCCGUCCUGGAUGUGAAGUCUCAGAGGGUGAAGGUUCUGCUGGGUCUGACCGGAGAACCCGGAGUCGAGGCGGACGGGGGGACCGAGCCCAUGGUCAACGGGACCCCGCCCUCCUCGCUGAAGGACAGAGCGGACCUGCCCGACCCGGCCAUCGUGCUGGAGGCCUUCAGGUUCAUCGAGAACGCGGCGGCAGAAUUCAGCGAUGAAGACGAGGAGGAGGACGAGGAGGUCCGGGACAAGACGGUCCUGGACCGGCCCGCUACGAGGAGGAAGCCGUCCUCCACUUCUUCUUCUUCCUCCACGUCAGACCUCAGCGACGACCCCGACACCGAGGAGGCGCUCAGAGGCUUCGACUUCCUGACCAGCCCGGACGAGACGGACGGGCCGCCGGAGGGCGGGGCAUGGGAAGAGGAGCGGCGUCCGGGCGGCGAGCUGGGCUGGGACGUGGAUCAGGGUCUGAUCGCUCAGCUGAAGGAGCAGUACAGGAAGGAGCGCCGAGGCAAGAAGGGGGUGAAGAGGCCGAACCGGUCCAAACUCCAGGACAUGCUGGCCAACCUGCGGGACACCGAGGAGCUGCCCCCCAUCCCGGCGGCCAUGACGCCCCCCCUGCGGCCCAGCGUGCCCCGCCUCAACGAGCCUGACGGCGGACGCCCUGAAGACGAGCCGAUGGCGUUCCUGCCGUCGACGGGGAAGUCCUUCCUCCUGGGGGGGGAGGACGAGGCGGUCUCCAGUGAGCUGGGACUGGGAGCGCUGGGAGAACUGGGAGAACUGGCGGGGCUGACGGUCGCCAACGAGGCGGAGAGCCCGGUGUACGACGUGUCCAACAACAAAGACGCUCUGAGGAAAACCUGGAACCUGAAGUUCACCCUGCGGAGCCACUUCGACUCGGUCCGCGGCCUGGCCUUCCACCCGGUGGAGCCGGUUCUGGUCACCGCGUCCGAGGAUCAAACGCUGCGGCUGUGGAACCUGCAGAGGACGGCGCCGGCCAAGAAGUGUGCCGCUCUGGACGUGGAGCCCAUCUACACCUUCAGAGCUCACAGCGGCGCCGUCCUCUGCGUCACUAUGAGCGCCAGCGGCGAGCAGUGCUUCAGCGGAGGCGUGGACGGAACCAUCCAGAGCUGGAACACCCCCAGCCCCAGCAUCGAUCCCUACGACUCGUACGAGCCCUCGGUCCUGCGGGGGGCGCUGAGCGGCCACACGGACUCUGUGUGGGGCGUGGUCUACAGCGCCGCUCACCACCGCCUCCUCUCCUGCUCCGCCGACGGGACCGUCCGGCUGUGGAACGCCGCCAACACGGCGCCAAGUCUCGCCAUUUUCAACGAGGGAGGAGAGCUCGGCGCCCCCACCUCGGUGGACCUGGUGAGCAGCGACCCGGCGUACAUGGUGGCGUCCUUCAGCAGCGGUCACAUGGCGCUCUUCAACAUGGAGACGCAGCAGCUGGUCCUGAAGCUGGAGUCCGCCGGAGCACCAGACGCGCCCUGUAAGAUCAACAAAGUGCUGAGUCAUCCCGCCCUGCCCGUCAGCAUCACGGCUCAGGAGGAUCGCCACAUCCGCUUCUUCGACAACAACACAGGUAAACUGAUCCACUCCAUGGUGGCGCACCUGGACUCCGUCACCUGCCUGGCUGUGGACCCAAACGGCUUGUACCUCAUGUCUGGAAGUCACGACUGCUCCAUCCGUCUGUGGAACAUGGAGAGCAGAACCUGCAUCCAGGAGUUCACCGCUCAUCGGAAGAAGUUCGAGGAGUCCAUCCAUGACGUGGCGUUCCACCCCACCAAAUGCUACAUCGGCAGCGCGGGGGCCGACGCGCUCGCCAAAGUGUUCGUUUGACCCGCCCCAGAGCUUCCAUUCAGGCAGUCCUGAAAGGGGCGGAGCCUAGUGUUUGCACUUGUGACUAUGAAGAAGGUAAGCCCCUCCCUCCCAGCCUGGACGUGGGCGGGCCCUGACUAGAGGCCUGUAAAGACCUGGGGGGGCACCCUGUGACUCUGCACCCCCCUCCUGAUCACGUGCCUUCUGUCCGCUUACUGAGAGGUGGGGGCGCUGACCCCCGCCCGCUUCCGUCAGCUGAUCCAGGCUCCAGCUCCUCUUCCUCGGGUUUAGGACCGGUUCUGGCUGAACUGUUACGAGUUCAGCAGGAAGUCUGUGGAAACGUGCGCUGUGGCCGCAGGAAGUCCUGAACCGGUUUACCGGCAGAACAGGGGCAUCCUGCUGGCGGCUCCAGAGACCUUCAGGUGUCCGCUCAGACCAUUCCUUUUGAUGUGUUUAAUGUCACUCAGACGUGCACAGGUUUGAGCGCGCUCACGAAGCUCUUCCAUGACCCUGAAGAAGAGCCACUGACGGGGGCGGAGCUUCAGGUCUCACGGAUUCACGGGCGCCGGCGGUGUUUGUGGAGCAGAAUCACGGUGGACUGAUUUGGUUUCACCUGAAAAGUGCUUUUUCUGCCAGUUUGAGACAACUCUGCUUCAUGCUUUUAUUUUGACACAAACAGCUGCUUCCUGUUGUGGAACGACUAGAAAUUCAUUGUUGUGUAAAAAUGUGUAUAAAACCUUUAAAUGUUAAAUGUAUUUAUUAACCUGGUCAAAAAGGUGAAGAUGGGAGUUCUAUCUGCCAGUAAAAGAUUUGAGUGAAAAAAUGUCAACUUUUAUUUGAUACUCUUUUUACAGAAUUAUUCAUAGUUCAAUAAAUAAAAAUGUCAUUCAAAUAAAAAGAGAUAAUUUACUAAAUGAGCAUGAAUAAUUAACCUUAAUAUGAUAUUUUAUUUGGCUUUUAAAUUGGAUUAUUUGUAUUUAAAAGCAUUUUAGAAAAACUGCAUUUAAUAGGAAUAUUGCAUUAUUUAUUUUUCUGAAUUGUUUUUUUAAAUCUUGUUUUCAGAAAAAAAAAAACAAACACGUCAAACUCUCCUUCGUGUUGGUAUUUAUUACUAGAUUAACCUGAAAAUAAUGAUAAAUUGGGUCAAAUUGAAUGUUGAAGGAUUUUUAUUGUUUGCAUCAAAAUGUUUUAACUUUGUUUUCUUAAGUACACACGAACAAUGACAAGAACAUAAAAGAAAAAGUAGAAAAUGAUAGAACUAUGAGAUGAAAUAAUAAAAUGACAAAUACCUAUUCAUUGUUA